AUGCGUGAUCCAUCCCAAUGUGGCCGUUUUGGCUCAGUAUACAAAGGAACACUUUCAGACGGGAUUGACGUCGCCAUAAAGGUUUAUUUACAAUUACAAGGUGCUUUCAAGAGCUUUGAUAUUGAAUGUGAAAUGCUGAGAAAUAUUCGUCAUCGAAAUCCUAUCAAAAUCAUCAGUUGUUGCAGCCAAAUUGAUUUCAAAGCUAUGAUACUAGAGUGCGUGCCUAAUAGGAACCUUGACAAGUGGUUGCACUCUCCCAACUUUUCUUUGAACAUCCUGCAGAGGCUGAAUAUAAUGAUUGAGGUUGCAUCAGCGUUGGAGUACCUUCAUCAUAGUUAUGAAGUACCUAUUGUCCAUUGUGAUUUGAAGCCCAGCAAUUUACAGCUAUUCUACACCAGCAACAUACUACUAGACCAUGAAAUGGGUGCACAUGUUGCUGAUUUUGGCAUUGCAAAACUCUUGGGUGAAGGAGAUUCCAUAACUCAAACCAUUACCCUGGCCACAAUUGGCUAUAUGGCUCCAGAGUAUCGAGUGGAAGGAUUUGUUUCGACAAGAGGAGAUGUAUACAGUUUUGGUAUUGUGCUUUUGGAGACUUUCACAACAAGGAAGCCAACAGAUGAAAUGUUUGAUGGGGAAAUGAGUUUAAGGCAAUGGGUUGCAAAUUCGCUUCGAGAGUCAUUAGUUGAUGUUGUGGAUGCCAACAUACUUGGAACAUUGGAGGAUUAUGGUUUUGUUAGCAAGGACUGUUUAACAUUGAUUAUGAAAUUGGCUCUAGCUUGUUGCGUUGAAUCACCGGAAGAGAGGACAAGUAUGCAAGAAGUGGUAGGCACACUCAACAAAAUCAAGAUUAAGUUUUUGAAGGGCACACUGCAGUAGGAUGAGAGAUUCUACUAUUUAAUUUCAUCUAGCUUCUUUGUGUGCUGUUCUGCUGUAAUAAACCAACCAUGCCCAGGCAAAUUUACAUGAA